AUGGAUUCCUCCCCGAUCUGUGACCGGUAUAUCCUAGAGGGCUGGUACGGAGCGAGGGGAUACAAUAUGUCUACAUCUCCCUCUCUUACAUAUUGUGGUACAUUGUAUCCAGUCUGGUUGAAAGAUCAGCCACCCAAUGAAGGACAAACUGGAUUGGUAUCUGCCUGUCAGGUUGGAUAUAGCGUUAGCUGUGAAAGAAGUUACAACAUUGAAGUUAAGAACUGUGGAGAUUUUCUAGUCUAUAAAUUGAAGCCAUUGGAUUUAUGUACUUCUGCAUAUUGUUUUGAAACACCUACGAUUAUUACAUCUUCGGUAGCAAUCACAUCUCAUUAUGUAGCAGCAGGUGAAACAUCACCGGAAGUAACAUUCAGUUCUCACAACACAGCCUCAAACAUUGAUUCUAGAUCUACAACUGAGACAAGUAAAGAUGUAACAUAUCCACCAACCAACCCCUUUACUGAGACAAGUAAACAUGAAUCAUAUCCACCAACUAACCCCACUACUGAGACAAGUAUAGAUGUAUCAUAUCCACCAACUAACCCCUCUACUGAGACAAGUAUAGAUGUAACAUAUCCACAGACUAACCCCUCUACUGAGACAAGUAAAGAUGUAUCAUAUUCACCGACUAACCCUUCUACUAAGACAAGUAAAGAUGUAUCAUAUCCACAGACUAACCCCUCUACUGAGACAAGUAAAGAUGUAACAUAUCUACCGACUAACCCCUCUACUGAGACAAGUAUAGAAGUAUCAUAUUCACCGACUAACCCUUCUACUGAGACAAGUAAAGAUGUAACAUAUCCACCGACUAACCCUACUACUGAGACAAGUAAAGAUGUAACAUAUCCACCAACUAACCCUUCUACUGAGACAAGUAAAGAUGAAACAUAUCCACCAAUUAACCUCUCUACUGAGACAAGUAAAGAUGUAACAUACACACCAACUAACCCAUCUACUGAGACAAGUAAAGAUGUAACAUAUUCGCCGACUAACCCUACUACUGAGACAAGUAAAGAUGUAACAUAUCCACCAACUAACCCUUCUACUGAAACAAGUAAAGAUUUAACAUACACAACAACAUACCCUUCUACUGAGACAAGUAAAGAUGUAACAUAUCCACCAACUAACCCUACUACUGAGACAAGUAAAGAUGUAACAUAUCCACCGACUAACCCUUCUACUGAGACAAGUAAAGAUGUAACAUAUCCACCGACUAACCCUUCUACUGAGACAAGUAAAGAUACAAGUAAAGAUGAAACAUAUCAACGAACUAACCCCACUACUGAGACAACUAAAGAUGUAACAUAUCAACGAACUAACCCUACUGCUGAGACAAGUAAAGAUGUAACAUAUCCACCGACUAACCCUUCUACUGAGACAAGUAAAGAUGUAACAUAUCCACCAACUUACCCUUCUACUGAGACAAAUAAAGAUGUAACAUAUCCACCAACUUACCCUACUACUGAGACAAGUAAAGAUGUAACAUAUCCACCAACUUACCCUUCUACUGAGACAAGUAAAGAUGUAACAUAUCCACCGACUAACCCUUCUACUGAGACAAGUAAAGAUGUAACAUAUCCACCAACUUACCCUUCUACUGAGACAAGUAAAGAUGUAACAUAUCCACCGACUAACCCUUCUACUGAGACAAGUAAAGAUGUAACAUAUCCACCAACUUACCCUACUACUGAGACAAGUAAAGAUGUAACAUAUCCACCGACUAACCCCACUACUGAGACAAGUAAAGAUGUAACAUAUCCACCAACUAACCCCACUACUGAGACAAGUAUAGAUGUAACAAAUACACCAAGUAAACCUACUACGGAGCCAAGUAAAG